AUGGGCUCCACCAGUGACCCGCGCAUCAUGAAAGCAGGACAAUGGGACCCCAAACAGCAGAAGUGUAUCAUCAACGACAUCCCCAUCCCGGAGCCAGGACCAGGCCAAUUCCUCAUUAAGAUCGCAAGUGCCUCGUUAUGCCACUCGGACAUCCUGGCCACGCAAGCGCCACUAGAGAAGCCCUUCACCCUUGGCCAUGAAGGCGCUGGCUAUAUCCAUAAGAUGGGCCAGGGCUCAGAGGAUAAAGGAUUCCAGAUCAACGACGCUGUCGGAUUUCUCUACUUCGACGGAGGCUGUUACGAAUGCGAGGGUUGCCUAUCGCAUAACUCUAAAUGCCAGCGGGGGACUGCUUUGCUUCAUGGCUUCACCACCGACGGCUUCUUCCAGGAAUAUGCGACGGUUGACUGGCAGAACUGUGUGAUUCUGCCUAGUACCCUUGACAUCAGGAAAGCUUCUCCCAUAUUCUGUGCUGGCAUCACAGCUUUCCACGCGGUCAACUCCUGCUCGUUAAAACCAAAGCAAUGGUUCGCCGUCAUCGGCGCGGGCGGCCUUGGGCAGCUUGCCACACAAUACGCAAAAGCCAUGUCCCUGAACGUCAUCGCCAUCGACAUCAACGACUCCACGCUCGAGAUCUGCAAAUCCCAAGGGGCUGACUACGUAUUCAACUCUAAAACUGACGCCAACUACGUCGAGGACAUAAAAUCGCUCACCAACGGAGGAUGUCACGCCACUGCCGUCUUCAGCGCCUCUAAUGCCGCAUAUGCUUCUGCUCCGAGCAUCCUGAGAGUGAACGGAAUAUUGAUGGUGAUUGGGAUUACGAAGGAGCCGUUGCAGGUGAGUACGUAUGAUCUGGCGGUGGCAAGUUAUCGCAUCAUGGCGGAGAGUACGAGUACACCGCAGCGUAUGGGCAAGGCGGUGGAGUUUUCAGCGAGGCAUAAUAUUGUGCCCGAGGUGGAAUUUAGGAAGCUGGGGGAGUUGGACGAGAUGGUGAAUGAGAUGAAGGCGGGGCAGAGCCAGAGAAGGAAGGUUGUUGUCUUUUAG